AAAAGAGAUAUUUCAUAUUUGAACACAAAAACAAAUAUUUCAACAAUUUGAAAAGCCAGCCAAAAUGAAAAGAUUUGCCUGUUUGAAUUUGCGCACUCUUGGCCUCAGCAUAGCCUGUUUGGAUGCACUGAUUGCUCUGAGCAUCCUGAGCCUGUGCAGCUUUCAUAUGUACAAUGAUUUUAUGGACUUGAACCAAUGGCAGCAAAAUGAUGUACAGAUCUUGAGUCCCUUUGGAACAUUUGUAGCCACAUUGGUCGACUAUGUGCUGGUCCAUGAAUUUUCACAGGCUUUUUAUAUGAUACUCACAGUAACCGUUUGGGUUAAGGCACUGAUAAAUCUGGUGGUGGCUGGCAUACUAGUCGAUGGCAUCAAACAGCAACGGCUGAUUUCCAUUGCCCCAUGGUUGAUCAAUGCGUGCGUAUCGAUGGUCAUAGAGGUGGCCGUAUUUGUAAGCUUGGAGCUGAAAAUUGACGAAGUAGAUGCCUCCGUAGAUCGACGCAUAGCACGUAGUGUGCUCUUUGGUUUUUUUACAGUUCUAAAUGCGCUGUUUACAUACGCCAUUUAUGCGCUCUAUCGCAUGUUGAAAUCAUCAACAAGUGAGAAUCAAGCCCUGCAGGAGAGCAUUGUGGAAACAUCGGGUAUGUUUCAGCAUAUCAAGGUUUGA